CUGAAAUCCUCUGUGCCAUGAUCGCCUCAGCCGCAACCCUUACAUGAUUAGGAUAUCAUUAAUAUGUUGAUGGAACCUGUGAGGACUUUGGCUCUGAAUGAGGAUGGCCAUGGCGCUGGAGAGCAUGCAACGCCCUCCGUACAUGGGCGUAGAACUGCCGCUGGCGAGAGCCCUUAGAUUUGUGGCCUGUGCCCCCUUGAUUUCUUGCGUCACAUAUUUUUCUCCCAGAUUUUCCUUCUGCUUUGACUUUUUUCUUUUCUUUAAAAACACGAGUCACAGCACACUGACAGAAAGCGUACUGCGACCAGAGUUGUGGAAAAUUAAGAUUGAGGAAGUCAGCACGGGUGCUAUCGACAAAAAUAUUGCUUUGCACUGAAAAUAUACAUUCUGUUUUCAUGUUACACAGAAGGCGUCAAAGUUCCAGCCAUGGCUUUUUGAUCCGUGGAGUUGGGAUACAACCACCCUGUAGACAUCCAAUCUGAUAGUUGUUUCUCUGCUCUCCCUCUCUCUCUCUCUUUUACUUUCCUGUAGACAACCAUUGCCGCUCUUCACCUUUUUUUUUGCGGGGGGUGAAUCAUGAGGCAACAGGUGGAUGGGCGUAUGAGGCUCAACCACACCACAACCAUCGCUGGCUCCUACACUAAUGUCCCGGACAGUGGCGUUGCGAACACUGUCGCCACUAAUCUUCUCGCACUUGUGCGGCCGACUGUGCUUUGCCUCAACCGCUCCGCUGCCACCAUGGGUCCACUUCAGUAAGGGUGAGGUUCAAGAUGACCUUUGUGUAGGUGCGAUUGGGAUGAAACGACCUAGCGACAGGGGCAAAACUGGUAUGGUAUGGAUAUCUCCCAACCGACAAUACAAGCUAUAGCCUUCAGACAUUCUGUGGCAAGAAAAUCAGUUACUAUAAUAUGAUUUCUAUUCAGAUUCUGAUUUUUGGUUGCAUAUAUAGAUAUGGUAUUUGGCACUGACCGAUAUUUGACUGGAUAGUAUCUUAGAUAGUUCUUGGAUAGCUGCCAUCUGCUUAUCUUUCCGCACAACAUAUUGUGAACUGGCUUCACUCAACGUGUAUCCAACAUAAUUACAUUGACAUUGGGGCUCAUAUGUGAGAGGUCAAUAUCGGUUUAAGCAUGGCAUGCUUAUAAUAGAAUGAAAUAAAUAAUUGUAAAUGAUAUCCUAACUUAGCAGUUUUCCAGUUGUCUCCAUAUUGUGCAAACAUUAUUUAUGUUGUUCUUUUCUACGCAAUGUCUAAUGAAAUAUUUAUUACUGUACCGUAUUCAAUAUUUAUCCUUUCCAUAUUUGUGAUCGGCACAAUAUCAAUAUGAUUCGCAUCCAUAUUAAUAUUCGAUAACUAUUGAUACCAUUCCCUUGUAAAUCAAACUGUUGGUGCCAAACAAAACAACUUCUUCCUUUCCCCCCUCCCUUGUCUAUGCUGUUUCAUUCUAAAAACUAAAAUGCAUCGUCGUUGUUCGAGCUCGAACUCGACAGCCAUGACUUCCGAACUAGGGACACCAUAUCUGAUGAAACACCUGCCACCGGCUCUCACCACCAUUACCGCUCUUGGUGAUGACCUCCUUUGCGAGAUCUUCCUCCGCCUCCCAUCCCUCCUGAGCCUCGUCAGAGUGGCCCUCGCCUGCCGCACCUUCCUCCAAGCUAUCUGUUCGUCCCCCGCCUUCCGCCGCUGCUUUCAAGUGCUCCACCCGCCCGAACUCCUUGGCUUCUUCAUUCAAUCUAUCUACACCAUCGUCCCUCACUUUGCCCCCCUCCGCAACUGCUCUGUCCCCGACAUGUCCGCCGCCGUUCGUGGCUCCGAUCUCUCGCUCACCCGCCUCUCGGAAGACAUCGGUUCCUCUCUCGAGUGGGAUCUAGAGAGCUUCUAUGGACCCUACCUUGUACUCAUCAAUCAGAUCACUGCUCAGAUCGUUGCCUACAACCCCCUGACGCUAACACUUGAUCUCAUCCCCUGGCCGCCCAUUGAGAUCUCCCGCUCCUCCUUCCUUGAGUUCCACAUUAUCUUCUCGGAAGAGGACCAGGGGGUGUUUCGUAUGGUCUGUGUCCAACACCAUCGCCCACAGUUACCACAUGUGGAGGCAUACAUCACUGUCUUCUCAACAACCACUAGGAAGUGGCAGGUUUUGCCGUGGGUCGAGACCCCGCCGCCGCCACAACCUGAGGAUGAUGAUGACAUUCGCCAUUUUUACCCUGGUAUGCCAAUGAAAGGAUUCAUUUAUUGGAAACAGACAACUCGAGCCUCUGUAGUCGCUUUCAACACCACGACACUACAAUUCUCUAGAGUGGAUUUGCCGCCGUUAGUGAGAGAGAGAUACUAUAUGCAAUCUAGGUUUGGUCACACCAAGGAUGGGAAGCUCUGUAUGGUUGGCGCAGAUGACUCUGGUGCAAAGAAAGGAAUGCUUAUUGUUUGGGUUUGGAGAGCAGAUGAUGACGGUGUUGAGAAAUGGACGCUUGAAGAUACUUUUCCACUGAGUAAAUUUGUUGAUGCCACCAAGUCUUCAACAGAGGAUGAUGCGAGAGUUCAGGUUGAGGUGGUUAUCGAUGGCUUUGUGUACCUGUCUAUUAAGUAUGGUGCGCAAGCAGAGUCCCUCCUAUCCCUAUGUCUGGAAACAGCAGAGCUUAACAAUCUACUUGAUGAUGCACGUGCAAGCCGUGCUCAUCCCUACCUCAUGGCGUGGCCUUCUUCUUUGGUGUGCAACAGGCAAACCCGUGCUUGAAGAUCCUGGAGGAUUCACAAACCAAGGCUACUGGAGAGUGUUGUGGACGCUGGUCUAGCGGGCACAAGAGAAACUCCCUCCUCUCUUGUCUCAGCAGUCACAAUCUUGCAAUUUCUUUUAUCAAUGGUGGUGAAGCAGAAGUGUCAGAGAUAGAGAGGGCCUUUUUACUUUGUUGUAAUUCGGGGAUAAUAAGAACUGUUUUGCAAGCAAAAUUUUCUUAUGAGAUGAGCCUUUUGUCUGAAUUGUGUUUGCGAAAAUUGUUUGUAUGUGUUGGUUAUGGGUAUGAAAUGGGAUGUGCUAGUUCCAUGUACUAGCUAUAUAUAUCAAGGAAAUCAUAAUUUUGAGUUUGCU